AUGCCCAGGCUCUCGACUGGAAGCGGGAGCCAAAGCGGCCUACCGACGAGCGCACCCGGCCUGGGUCAGUACGCGGCCAGCUGCUGCGUGAUGCGCGCCUCCUUUGCCAUCUACAGCACCGUACCCGGUAUGACGUACGAAAGGCUGGAGGACAUUGCGCUCUACCUCUCCGGCGAGCAGGCAAGGUUGGUGCCUCUGGAGCUACACACGGGUGAGCUCAUUGACCUGAUGGAUCCCGGCGAGCCGCUACCCGAGGAAGUUGACGAGGAUCUGCUGGGCUUGCGGCCGUGCCCGUUCAGAGUGAGGGAGGAUGGAGAGGAGGGCGACGAGGCGUGUCCAUGGACUGGUCUGCUGGACGGAUUUUGCACAACUGGAGGAAAGACCGCUCAAGGUGCCGUGGCUCAACCGCCGCUGAAGAAUACCGAGAAGGAAGUGAAAAUGUUGGUCUCAGCGGACGAGAACAAACCGACAACGGUCGACUCAAAGCCCUCAAGUCCCCGUGUGACCUUGAGCGCUGAGCAGAUAGCGAACAUGCAUUGUCCAAUCAAGAGGGCAAAAUUGACAGAGUCGAUGGCAACUGUGGGCUGGGUAUACCUCGACGACAUCCCGUGUCCUGAAGAACGGGCCCGGCAAGAGGCAGCCCUUUUGGCAUCCUCUAUCGCCCAAGUAUCUUCACGACUCGAGCCUCAGUCAGGCACAAAGUCACAACCCCAAGAGCCUCCAGCCAAGCCGCCUGUAAAAGUUACACUGACUCCCGAACAGAUUCGCAAUAUGCACUGUCCCAUCAAGCGGGCAAAGCUAACAGCCUCCAUGGAGACUGUCGGUUAUGUCUACCUGGAUGACAUCCCCUGUCCAGAGGAAAGGGCUAGACAAGAAGCUGCCCUCAAGAUUGGUGCUGGCGCUGCUGUGGACUCGGACACAUACAGCACUGACACUUCGAAAGGGGCAGUCCAGAAAGAACAAAAGAACUCUAUAUCACGUUUUGGAUCCGAGCCAGCUCGAAACAGGAGCUCUUGUCGACGAGCUUCAGUGCUGCCUCGAAUUGAUGAUGCACUUGGUAUGGAUGGUGCCAGCGACAUUGGGCCGGCCAGCGAGAGACGCAAAGGAUUUCGCCAUGUCAAGUAUGACAAUAGUGUUGACUCUGAAAAGCCAAGCCGGCGCUCAAGAGAGUCAACAAGUGCACUGCCUCGGGGAAGAAGCUCCAAUAGCUCGACCUCGUCAUCCAGCACCCGCAAGUCUUCAAUCAAGCAGAUAAAACGAUCCAGAAGAGAAUCACAAUAUCCAUCCUCGCGUGUCGAAAGGUCUUCCUCUGCCUCUCAGAAACAGCUGUCAAAACUAGACAAGACAUAUCAGACCUCUCGGCGCACCUCGGUGGUCUCGUCGGCACAAGGUACUUCAUCGCGCUCCCCAAACGCCUCCCGCAGGUCUACAGUCGAAAUGGUCCGAAUUCCCCGGCCUGCAGAGGAUGAGAACUUUUGGCGACCGCCAUUGCUGGUUCGGCCCGCAACCCUUACGCCGCUGAUGGGACCGGUAGGACUCCGGAUGGUGCUCAUCACUCACAUGGCGAGCGACAAGGACCCGCAAAAGUGCAAGUUUGGCGGGCCCGACAACCUGUCGAUUGUGCCAUGGGCGUUCCUGGUUGUGGUCGAGGACGAUUUUGACUUGACUCAAGAAAGCCAAUACACCGGAUCAAAAACACAGUCGCGACCGCACUCGCUUUUGGUGGUGUACGGUGACGUUACAGAAGUGGUGGAGGGGCGUUCAAACCGUGUGCCGGUUGACAGCUUCUUCUUUGAUCCCAAGUUUGCGCAAAUGAUGCUCUCGGCCGUGUUGCUAGGUCAGCGAACACUGGGGGCGGCGAAGCAAUACUACAACGUUGAUGGUCCUGGGUAUAACGAAGAAGUCUGCUACGACCUGGAGACUUGGAGUUCUUGA